UUAUGCAACAAUUAUACCACCAUCUGAGAAGCAGAUGGAUAUAACUGAUAUAGGCGGAUAUCACCCAUUGGUCACACCAACGAAGAAAAAUGGCGUCAUUCGUCAUAGCCUCAACCGUCAUUUUUCAAAGGUAAAUGAAUGGAAGCAAAUGAAAGAAUCGCUUUGGAAAUUUUUUUUGUCCAGUACUGCGUUGGAAGACAACGAAUCGCAAAAUGUCGACGAAUUGAUGGAGGAAAUUCAAAAUAAUGAGGCACAAUUCAGUGAUUUAGUCUACGAGCAACUCAAUCAAGAGAAGAUAGGGUGCACUAAGCCAGCGCCUGUCAUCAAGUGCAUCUCAGCCGGUGAUUCAAGCGUAUCUCAGGAAGCAUUUAGCAAACAUCGAACACUUAGCAAAGCCAAUAAGGAUAACCGACAAAUGCUUGAAAGUUUCCUGAACGACAAUUCAAAUCGAUGCAUUCCAGACACCUGGAAACAGAUGUCAGACGAAAUGAAAUCAAAAUCCCGAAAAAAAAUUGAAAGCCGCGAAGAUCGAAUAAUAUUCAUCUUGAGUUACAUCAAUUAUCAAAGGAAAGAAGGAGAAAAAGAAAAUAUAAGAAAGAAAUGGAAAAAAAAAAUUAAAGUCGAUGCAAUCAAAGAAGAUGAUCUCAAAUCGUUGGCCGUGUUUUUGUACGACUUUGAGUGCGCCGUGCAGCAACUUCGUAAACCGAUAGACAAUAACUUCCGCCUUCGCAACACCCAGAUUCUGGCCAUACUGAUGUUGUUCCCUAAUUCUAUGGUAAAUGUUGAGAGAAGAUUAGCUCAGGUAUUUACCGGCGAGGGCAAGUCGUUCAUUGUGGCUGCAGUGGCAAUUGCUCUUGUUCACGGUUAUUACUACGGCGGUAAGAUAUCGAACCAACGAAUCGACGUCAUUACCAGUAACGAUUUAUUAGCACUUCGAGAUUCAAAUCUUUCGGUAGCUGAAGGAGGAUUGAAGGAUCUCUAUGAAUAUUUCAGCGUACCAGUGGCAAACAACUGUAGUGAAUCGGAAGAUGAACGCAAAGCAAGUUAUACUGCUAACGUAGUGUACGGACAGUUAGCCCAUUUCCAGCGUGAUUAUUUAUUGACAAAAUUCUACAGCCGUAAUAUUUAUUACAGCAAACAAUUGUUAUUCGCCAUUAUUGACGAGGUGGAUUGUCUAUUGCUUGACCAAGGAAACAACACCCUCUAUUUGUCGCACGAGAUUCCUGGCAUGGAAACUUUGGAAUCUUUGUACGUUUUUAUUUGGGAAAAAGUGCGCAACCCAUCUGUUAACAAAAAAAAAUCGAAAGAACAGGUGAAGAAAUUAAUUAAAUCUGAUGUCUUGUUCGAUUUGUACGGUGUUACAACUAAAGAAGAUCUGAAGUAUGUCCACGCGCCAUUGGACGAAUCGGAAAAAGAUGCACUAUGGAAUCAUCUAAUUAAGAAAGAAGUGAUUAACUUACAAGGACAUCUACUCAUAACUGACGCCAGCCAAAUUACAAACGAGAAGGUUAAUUGCAUCCCAAUUCAAAUCCAAGGGAAGGAUUUAAACGCGAAAUUGGUUUUCUAUUUCCGCAAAGUAGCUAAUCGCCAGCGUCGUAUCCGAAUACCUUCUCAUCUACUUACCUUUGUUGAUCGAAACCUUGACACUUGGUUGAAUAGCGCCUUUCAGGCUUUGGAUCUAAGACGUGACGAGCACUACGUCAUUGAUCAAGACCGCACAGACAGUAGCCCGGAUCUCAAUCCGCAAGUGAUUAUAAUCGAUCCCGACACUGGAACUGAUCAAACUUUAUCGCAAUGGGACGGAGCCCUUCAUCAGUUUCUUCAGCUUAAGGAAGGGUGUAAAUUGACGCUGCAAAGUCUCAAAGCGGUUUACAUCUCAAAUGCCGUAUAUUUGUUAAAAUACUAUGGGGUAUUGGGUGUAUCAGGGACGCUAGGGUCCGAACAAGAACAGAUUUUUCUACAGGAUACAUUUAAGUGUCAGUUAUGCCCCAUUCCUAGGGCUUUCCCUAAGCUAUUUCAGAAAAAAGAUCCCCAAAUCCUGUCAACAGAAGUAGAAUGGCUAAAUGCCAUUGUCAUGGAGACCAAGACUAUUAUCGAGGCAGGACGUUCGAUCAUCCUUUUUUGCAAGUCCAUCAAAGUUGCCAAUGUCGUUCAUCAACGUAUAGAGAGUUCCAAUCCUGGGCUAAGUGUAAACCAUCGUCUCCAUCGGUACACACGCGAUUACGAGAAAUUCGCAUUUGAAAGCAGUGAGCUGAACAUUGGGCAUGUUAUCGUAGCUACCAACUUGGCCGGGCGAGGAACCGAUGUGAAAAUCAGCCAACAACUGUGCGACAAUGGAGGAUUGCAUGUGUGCCUAACUUUUUUUCCUGAAAGUGAACGAAUCGAGGAACAAGUGAUGGGCCGGGCAGCUCGCAAUGGGGCACCCGGAAGUGGAAUUCUCGUUAUAUGUAAACCAAUUUCACACGAACAGAAGACGCCUGACAAAAACGAUACCCAAGAUUGGGCAACAAUUUCCGCCAUGGAGGAAACACGCGAUGAUCAAGAGAAACAACGCAUUGCUCGGUUGGAAAAAGAUUUUGAAGCCACAAGAGAUCAAGUGAAAUUAUUCGAUAUUUUCUCAAAAUAUUAUACUACCCUAAGGAAACAACUAUGUGAGGAAAAAUACAGUGAUCAGGAAGUACGUGCCAUCUGUGGAAGUGUAUUGGAUCAAUGGGCUUUGUGGCUGGACGAAAUGGAUGAUUCCCCAUUCGACGUGAAAAAAUACUUGUACUCAACGAAAUUGAUUCCAAAAUUAAAAAUUCCUGAGCACAACUUUCCUUGUAACAGUCAAGCUGAUUGGAUGACACCAGCUCGUUUAGUUGUCGUUGCCAAACAUUUGGCCACUGGUAACAAGAAAUCGAAGCUUUCGACUGCAGCCAAUAUUUUGGAACACCUCAUCCAAUCAAAAGACAACCAAUUUUAUCCCGCUGCCUACUACUACCGCGCAUUCAUUUUUCUAAAGGAAGAUUUUGGAACAAAUAAAGAUGAAUUCAUCAAAAUAUUGCGUACAUGUGAAAAUGUAUUAAGUGAGCAAAUCAAUAUGCAAAUAUCGAAUUUUUCGGUCGUCCGUGCGACAGAAAGGAAAACUAAUCGGCCUGAUUCGUUUUGUGCUGUUGAUGGCUAUACGCAGCAAAAAGAUAACAUUGUUAACCUGUUUCAAUAUUUCCUUGGCUCAGUUCGAUCCUUGUUGGGAACCGAUUGCUCCAUUGAAGACUUUGAAGCAGCAGGACGUCUGCCCGAAAAAGUUAAGAAUCUUUUGGAAAAAAAUCUCAAUAACUUUGAAAAGUGGAUUGAACGGGAAAUUCAUAAAAGCUCGAAAUUUUUCCAGAAAAAAGACGAUAAAAAUGAGGAACUGAAGAAUUUUACUAUUCCGAUCGAAAAGGUGGCAGAAUAUUUCGAUCUGUUAUUGGAUGGCGAGUCCAUGUGCAUUGGCCAUCAGCUGAACAAUGCCAGCACCGUACCGAGAUGGAACUCUUCCGUCGAGCAAAUUGAAGAAUCCAAUUGGAAAACGGCCAUUGUUCGGGUAGCAAACGCUUACGGUGUCUGCGCGUCGACCUUAGAAAAAGCUAUCAAGCAGGCGGUGAAAAAGGAACUAAGUAAAGAGAACAUUGAAAAAGAAUUUGAAAACCAGUUAAAAAGAAAGUUUGAAGAAGAGAAUUUGAUUCCCUGUACGAGAGAAUCGUUCUGGGCGGAGCUGAUUAAAAGCGGAGCAUUGUUCGAUAAUGAAAAUUUCGUCGCCGUGGAAAACAGCAUCGUCGACAGGUUCAAUCUAGAUCGCGACGAGGCCAAAGAAUUAGAUUCAAUAGCCAAGGAAUACAUCCUGUAUGAUCCUAUUGAGUACAACAAACCUGGAGAAGAAAAGAGAAUCAUUUUUUCGCAGAAUUACGUCGAAGACAAGCUUUAUGGCAACCGAGAGUACAACCGUAGCGGAGAUAAAUUUAGAUUCAACAAGAUGGCCAAAAUUGAUGUUGCGAAACUCAAAUCAGUCAACUUGAAGCUGUUUGGCCAGUUAAAAGACGACGAUUUACGUAAGGCCGAUAUUAGUCAAGCGGAACGCAAAGCAAUUAUGGGCGAACUGCAAAAUCAAAAUAUUAUCGACGACGCUGGCAAUCUCUCACCUAAUUACGAUGGUCAAAGUUUUAAAUAUCCAAACUGUCCUGCGUACGAAGACACUGUGAUGCGUCUAGUGGCGACCAAGUUGCGUGCCGAAAUAGUUAGACGACAUUGGCUGAAGAGUGAAGACAAUGCGAAUCGUCUCGAAGUAAUCAACUUGUUGCCUUUGACACCUUAUCGAGAUAUGCUGGAUGACUUGAUUGCUGCCUAUGUCAUUUCUGGGGUCCGACUAAAGGAAAUGGACGAACGUGUCCUCGAAAGAAAAGUGCAUGAAAUCACCAAUAACGACCAUGAACGUCAAUGUAUUUUGGAUUUUUUGAAAAGCCGACAAGCAAUUUACGAAGCUACGUGGUUAGUAAAACAAGACACCGCGCUUGACUUCAUCGACAGUGAUAUCCGCAAGGUAAAAGCCAACACUGUCGAACGCGAGUUGGAUCUUUUUCGUUUGAUGGGAUUUGAUCAUGUAAUGUACAUGAAGGAUCACCAAACAUCUAGAAAACAGAUGGUCUUGACAUCCCUAUUUGUACCAUUCAUUAUCAUUGGCGGAGCUGUUUCAAUUAGUGCUGGGGCUGUCUUAACCAUCUUCAGUAAAAUUUUGCCGUUCAAUGUCGCAAAAGAUUUGCUUUUGAUGGGCGGUCUCUCUGACAUUAUCUACGUAUUGUCGUGCUCGUUAUCCAAGCACCAAAUCGGCAUAUCUGGUUAUGUUCAUCAGAGAAUUCAAAGUGCAACAGGAAAAAUGAAUUUCGUAGAAGAGGGGAAGUCUCUCUGGAAGCUAUUAAAAUCAAACAAAUCUGAUAGCCAAAGCUACAGACCUGCUGUCCGAUUCCACAUGGACGGCUUUCACCAAGGGCGAGUACGAGACAAACUUGGCGAAACGGAACAGUACAAGAUUGUCAACGCGUUAUUUGAGCUUAAAAAUAUGCCGAUGAAAACUUGUGAAGAAGCUGACGAUCUAAUCCAAUAG